AUGAGUGAAGCCACAUUAAGCGAAUUCAUCACACCAUCAGUCGCAAUCGCAGUGUUGGGCAUUAUUGUAUCGUCAUCAUUCUUCUUCAAACCCACUUCAGCCAUGACAAUUAUUAAGCAUUCGCAACGAACCGUCUUUGGAUCCAAGGUUACCAUCGAGAUUGAUGAUGACUGCUUUCCUACGGACAAAGAAAUCGAAACCAUGGAAGUGAACCUUCCAGGAUGCCAGCACGAUUACUUUGAAUCGAAAUCCCAUGGCGGUGCCAAGUUGCAUUACCGAUACUGGCUACCACCAAAGGGAAAUGUCAAGGGAGUUGCCGUGUUCUUUCAUGGCAUCAAUUCGCAUUCGGGACGUGGAUUUGUCGUCGAUGGACGCAAACUUUCGUUUUCACUCAUGACCGAGCAAUUUCUGAACCAAGGGAUCGCCCUUUACUUGAUGGACCAGUACGGUCAUGGGUUUUCAGAAGGAUCUCGCUUCUUGAUCAAGAAAUGGGAAAUGAACAAGCAAGAUUGCAUUGAUUUUGCCAACUUUAUCGCUGAAAAGUAUAGUGCUGAUUCGAAGAAGAAGGCUCCUCCCCUCUUUAUCGCGGGAGAAUCCUUUGGAGGAUGCAUGGCCAUUCACACAUCCAAGUACUGUCAAGAUACUGCCGAUACUUCCCCCGCUGGAAAGUUGUUUGAUUCCAUGCUCUUGACGGCACCAGCCAUUCAUGCGGAUCUUCCAGGUUUUCCAGUCUAUCAAAUUCUGCGUUAUAUUAUUGCACCUCUCAUGCCCACGAAACGGCCGUUCUUUAUGCCACAUCCCAUUCCGCCCGAACGUAUCUGGAGAGACCAGCGAGCCAUGGAAUUCUUUACCUCUCCUCAAAACGAAAAAUGGGGGUUGGAAGAAGCUGGCAAAAAGCUUCGGCUAGGAACUGCAUUGGGAUGCGUCGUGGCCAUGGAGAAUGCCUGCAAUCACGUCAUUCCCGAAUUCUCAGUUCCCUUUUGCAUCAUUCAUGGGACUCAGGAUGACGGGGUUCCCAUUGCCGGAUCGGAAUUCAUGAUGGAAACAUGUCAAACACUAGAAGAGGACAAGGAACUCCACGCUAUGGACGGAGCGAGGCACGAAGUCUUUUGUGAUCCAUUGGCGGAAGAAGCCAUUGGGCAUUGGAUGAAGUUUCUAAAGAAACGAUUGGACAAACAAAGCUAA